GCCUCCAUUUUCCUGAAGUGCCCUUCCUCUGCGCACUCGGUCACUCCGCGCCGCGAGUAAAUGAAACUUUCCGACAUGGAUCACGCGCUGUACGCGGUGCAGACACCGCCCGACGAUACCGACGAGACCCUGAUCAACCCGGACUUCACCUAUAAGCUCUCUGAAGCUGAAUUGGUGAAGUUUGUGAGACUACGUGCUGCUAAUGAUGCUCUCUUUACUGGAAAGAGGAACACUUCAGUCAUUGCUUGGAGGGCCAUCUUGAAAGAGAUGGGAAUCCAGAGGAAGAUGUCCACCAGCCAAGCAAGAAAGAAGUGGGAAAAUCUCAAGAAGAAAUACAAGGAGAUGAAGAACCCUCCACCCGGUGUCACAGUCAACCCCACUAACUGGCAGUGGUACUCCCUCAUGGAUGACGCGAUGGAAGGCAGACUGAACGACAGUGAAGCCAUGGUCUCCACCGCGUCGCUCGGCGAUGACACCGACUAUCGCCCGGACAGACCCAGAAAGAGGGGGCGGGACUCGUACCAGAGCGAAAUCGAGUUCCUCGUGGAAGGAGACGACUCCAGGCUGUCGGAGGAGACGACGCGGGACAGGACGGAAACGGGAAGCGAUCGGGACGAGAUGGAGGAGGAGAGGGCCCUGCUGGAGAGCGACAGGGACACAGUGGAGAGCGAGCGCAUGGUGCUGGAGAGGGAGAAGAUAGUGCUAGACAGGGAAAGGGCCGGGCUCGAGAGGGACCUGGCUGCUCUGGACCGGGACCGGGCGGCUCUGGAGCGGGAGAAGGCCGCGGUGGAGAGGGACAGGGCGUCUGUAGAGCAUGAGCGCGCUCAGCUGGAGAAACAGCGAGCGGAUAUGGACAGGGAGCGAGCGAAGCUGGAAAGGAGCCGAGCAGCUCUGGAGAGACAGCGGGCCGGAUUGGGGGGGGAGCAGGAGGUUGACCUGAAUGAUGCUGCUGAAGAAGGUGAAAGACUGGCGGAGGCAGAAACUGAAACGGCUUCCGUAGAGAAGAGGCAGAAGUUCCUCGAUUUGUUCGAGAAGCUGAUCGAGAACUUUUAGGAGCUGAAGGUGUUCAGAAGAACUGAUUUUGUUCUUAUUAUUUGUACAGAGUUUUUUUUUAUUCUGUGUUUCAGUUCUCAAGUUGGAAGAUACUACUAGAAGUGUAAUGCCAGGUUCACACUACAUGAAUUUAGUUAGUUAUUCAGUCAGAGACAGAUUUUUUUUGUAGAUCGCUGAGAAAAACCUCUGCUCUGAGGCAAAUCAGCAAUCACUCUGUGUUCGCAGACGAGUAGCAGACGCCUGGCAAAUGUUUGGCAUGCUAAAUAUCUGACACAAAGGCUCUAAAAGGCAUCUUCUGCAUGAUCAGAGCUGUUUAGAGAGAGUCUAUUUCCACUGUUGUAUGAGGAAAUCACUGUUAAACACUGGAGGGCGCUCACAAGUGAGUCCUCUGUGAAUGUGGGUUAAUGGACCUAAAAGCUAAAAAUGUAAUUAAAAAUAAUAAUUAACUACUUGUACUUAUUCCGAGGAUUUCUUUUUAGCAUUUCUUCUGAUGCAAUGUUUGUAACUGGAGUUUAAAACGUGCAAAAUUAUGUCUGCAGUACUGAACUAUUUACUAAAGCUUCGUGUUAAGGACUGUUCGCACUAUUAGGAGCACCGGAUUAUAAGGCGUAUUAUGCCACACUAGUAAGGAACAGGGGUGUCGCCAUGCUUACCUUCUAAUUCAGCAAGUCUCGCAGCAAGGUGGUGAGACCUGUAGAGCUAAGCUAAGUAAAAAAAAAAAAUAA